UCUGCAUGCUUGAAGGUUCUUUGGGCUUGAUCUUGAAGGCAAAGUUCACAUCAGCUCCUUGUAGAAUGCAGACAUAUUACCAGAGACUGAUGACUGUGGCGGAGACAAUUACAGCUCUCCUGUUUCCUUUCCAGUGGCAGCAUGUCUAUGUUCCUAUUCUCCCAGCUUCUCUCCUACAUUUCUUAGAUGCUCCUGUGCCAUACCUGAUGGGCUUGCAUUCCAAUGGCCUGGAUGACCGGUCAAAACUGGAGCUGCCUCAAGAGAAUUACCAAGAGAACUGGUCUACCUCUUUUGGUCAUUUUGUGGCUUGUAUGAAACUAGCUGGGGGAAGGCCUUCCCUACUCUGAAUUUCGUAGUCAAUAGAAAGGCCUGGG